ACCGCUUACCGAUGAUGCAUUGCUCGCCCGAGAGCGCACGGGAAAACAACAAGACUGCACUGUCAUAGCCGGGAACUGUAGAAGAAGGCGUGGGGCAGACAGGCAGGCGCAUAUGACCCAAUGUCUCUUCUUCGACCAACAUGCGCACUCGCACGGCGACUGUGUACCACACAACCACAGCUGGAGCAACCUUACAAAUCGGGUUUGCUAGCUCUUUUACAACGACACAGAUCAUUACGACCGCAAUGCCGCUCCUUCACCUCCACACCCCACUACCGAGCGAAAGUCAUAGACACGCCACAGCACCCUGUCAUCCCACAAUCACGCAAGCGCACUGUACGGAUAGGGUCAUUACCCGAAGGCCCCGUGCAGGACCAGACAAUACAGCGUAUAUUUGGCCGCCGAUUAUCAGCACAGGAUGGCAACAACGUGCUGCGCAUACUGCACCACCGGCGGACGGCAGGCUCGCUCGCCGACUACGGCGUAGAUAACCUAGGCAAGCAGUUCACGCACGUGAAUAGGGAGUUGGCAUUAAAGGGACUUGAAUGGCUCCGCGAGAAAUAUCCCAUAGAUGAAGCGCGCGCCGCAGAAGAAUGGGCAGAGAAGGAAGCAAACCGCAUCGCCUACGAAUUAUGGCUGGCCGACCCAGAAACAGAGUCCAAGUACAAGGACCCCGCUCGUGCAUUCCGCGAACAGCAGGAGAAGGAGGAAAAGGAAAGACUGCAGCAAGAAGCCGAUAACCGCAAGAUUGGCAUACUACACGCAGGCAAGAGUCAAUUCGAGCUCAACAUUGAGGAGAAGCGGAGACAGCGUCUCGAGGAAAUCACACGCAAAGCAGAAGAGAAGGAGCGCGAGGAACGGGCAAUGGAAGAGAAGCUUGCGACAGGAGAAUGGGUCCGCACACCCACAGGUACCCAACUCAUGAAGCCGGGUCAAGAAACCUACGUCGACGUCUUCGGCCGCGAGCAAGUCAGCCGCAGGAAAGAGAUCAUGGAGAAGUACCGCCAGGAAUCCGUCACCACCAAAGCAAAAACUCCAGAGGAACUUCUCGCAGAGACCACUCUCCUUCAACGCCUCUACCCCAUGACCGCCUUCGUUCUCUUCACCGUAAUCCUCUCCUGGGGCUUUGCACACUACUACAUCCCGCCGGACCCAUCCUGGCGCCUCUUUCCCGACCUCGCCCCCUCAACCGCCACCGUCGCCGCUCUGGUUGCCGCAAACCUCGUCGUCGCAGGCUUAUGGCGCGUCGUGCCCCUCUGGCCCUUGAUGACGCGCUUCUUCAUGCACGUCCCCGGUUACCCACGCGCCGUCCAAAGCAUCCUCAACGUCUUCUCCCACCAGCAAUAUGAGCACCUUCUCGCAAACAUGAUGAUGUUGUCGCUUGUUGGCUUCGCGUGCUGCGAUCUCGUGGGCCGCGGCGUGUUCAUGGGCACGUAUAUUAGUGCUGGCGCUGUAGGUACGCUGGCCUCCCUUUACUGGGCGAAUGUUGGCAAGGGGAAUAUUACUUCGUUUUCUGUGGGUGCCUCGGCGGCUAUCUGGGGUGUCGCGGCCCUGUACUGCUUGCUUACGGAUCAGGAUACUAUCAAACUGCCCGUUCCCAAGGAUGCAGAGGUUACAUUUUGGCCCAAGAUGCUGUUUGCGGCGUUUUUGGUCUUGGAACUUAUAAGUGCCUCCAAGAAGAGGGUCAGUACGGUAGAUCAUGCGAGUCAUUUUGGAGGCAUGUUUGUAGGGAUUAGUACGGCGGGAUAUUUGAGAGCGACAGGGUGGCAUGGGAGGAAGGGCGGGGCGCAGGAUAGUGUACAGGAGAGGGCGGGCGUAGAGCCGAAUGUGGUUGACCCUGGGGCUGCUGUUAGGGAGGGGAUCAGGGAGGUUAGGGCUACGUUGACGAAAGAUAAGUAG